UAUAGAUUAGCCACAUCGCCUUCAUCCCGCACUCUUCUCGCCCCUCAACUCCUCCUUUCCCGCGCCUCUCGAAUUGCCUCUGUCGCUCCUCGCAUACCACCGUCGCAUCUUCCGUACCAGUGCGCGCUUCAGGAGUCACCAUGUUGGACUCCUUCGAGAUCCUCACAACGUCCGGCGUGGUCGUCUGGUCGCGCACCUACUCGCCCAUUAACCCGUCCAUCAUCAACAACUUCAUCGCCGACACAUUCAUUGAGGAGAAGGGUGGCUUUGCCGCCGUCGCCGAUUCCAAGUCUGCUUCCAGCAACCCGCCGUACAAGAGCGACCAGCACACGCUCAAAUGGACCCUCGUCAAGGAAUUGGGCGUCAUCUUCGUCGCCGUCUACCGAUCGCUGCUUCACCUCUCAUGGGUCGAUAAACUCGUCGACAAUAUCAGGACUAUUUUUGUCAAGCUCUAUGGUGAACAACUCUUGAAGCCGCACACGACCCUGGUGGAGUGCCACGGCUUCGGUGAAUACUUUGACCAGCAGCUCCAGGAGCUCGACCAGACGAGCGCAAAAGGCGCAUCCUCCGCUUUAGGCGCCCUGUCCCUAGAACAGCAGACAGUGCCUACAAUACUCGGCCAUGACCCUCUCCACGAGCCGGGUUUAAAGUACCGAGGCCGUUCCCUCAAUGGCGCCGACGAGCCCGCCUCGCCCGAGUUGACCCCCGCCAUCACCCCCAACGGAUCACGGCCGGCGACCCCGAGUAACAACCACCUCUUGGUUGCCAAGGCUGGGCCCGUCGCAAAGAUGUCGAGGCGCGCGCGCAAGACGAAGAACCAGACAUCUGCGCCCGUAUCGUCCGGCGAUGAGGCGUCCUCUCAGAAGAAAAGCAAGAAGACAGUCAAAAAGGGUCGCAAGUGGGAUGCCGAUGGUUACGCCGACGAGGAAGACGAUGUCCAGCUCGACUACUCUCCGGCCAACCCCAACAGCGAUUCCGAAGUCGAGGCGCGAUCCGCCAAUGUUGAAGAGAUCGAUUCCAACACCUGGGGCACGCGCUCCAAGGGCAAGUUCCUGCUCAACGACCUCAAGGACGAAGUCGACGAGAUUCUCGCUUCCGAGGCAGAGAAGAAGAGUACAAACGCCAAGUCGCAGCCCAAGGCCGGCCUCUUUGGCACCGGAGUCAACGCCAUCAGCGGCCUCUUCCGCAACGUCGUGGGCGGAAAGACACUGACUAAAGAGGACCUGGACAAAGCCAUGAAGGGCAUGGAGGAGCACCUGUUGAAGAAGAACGUCGCCCGCGAGGCUGCCGUCCGGCUGUGCGAGGGCAUCGAGAAGGAGCUGCUCGGAGUCAAGACCGGCAACUUCGAGAGCAUCAACACCAGAAUCCAGGCCGCCAUGGAGGCGUCCCUCACCAAGAUGCUCACCCCCACCUCGUCCCUCGACCUCCUCCGCGAGAUCGACGCCAUCACCGCCCCCUCGGCCACCUCCCUCCGCAAGGCCCGCCCCUACGUCAUGUCCAUCGUCGGCGUCAACGGCGUCGGCAAGUCCACCAACCUGUCCAAGAUCUGCUUCUUCCUCCUGCAGAACAAGUACAAGGUCCUCAUCGCCGCCGGCGACACCUUCCGUUCCGGCGCCGUCGAGCAGCUCGCCGUCCACGUCCGCAACCUCAAGGAGCUCACGGCCCGCGAGGGCGGCCACGUCGAGCUCUACCAGAAGGGUUACGGUAAGGACGCCGCCACCGUUGCCAAGGACGCCGUCAGCCACGCCGCUCAGGAGGGCUUCGACGUUGUCCUCAUUGAUACCGCCGGCCGCAGGCACAACGACCAGCGCCUCAUGUCUUCCCUCGAGAAGUUUGCCAAGUUUGCUCAGCCCGACAAGAUCCUCAUGGUUGGCGAGGCCCUUGUCGGCACCGACUCGGUCGCCCAGGCGCGCAACUUCAACGCCGCGUUCGGCGCCGUCCGCACUCUUGAUGGCUUCAUCAUCUCCAAGUGUGAUACUGUUGGCGACAUGGUCGGCACCCUCGUUAGUCUUGUCCAUGCCACAAACGUCCCCGUUCUAUUUGUCGGUGUCGGUCAGCACUACUCGGACCUACGGAACUUUUCAGUCAAGUGGGCAGUUGAGAAGUUGUUAAGCAGUAAUUAAUUAAUAUCGUGCAUCAACAAUGCUACCAAGUCAUAAUACAACAAAGGACAGAACUCGCA